GUUCGAGUGUUAGAGGGAUAAGUAUGUGUUUGUUCGCAUAGUUGAGAGACAUGAAUAAUGGGAGAUCAAUUAUUCCAUAUGUAUCCCUUGGCCUUGAAGGCUUUUAGGGAAUAGUUGCAGAUAAUUUCAGGGUGUAGAACAACAAUGAUGGUCACACUAGUAGGUCAGUAGUGCAUGGUUUGUAAAGAACAAGAUUUAGUGACUUUUAUGGAUCAACAUCUCGAUGGAAGAAGAAACUGACCACUUUGUCCCCAUUGCUCAAGAAAGGGGAGGUAACUCACCAAUGUCUCAACCAGAUAUUGACUCCUAUGACCAGGAUUUCCAAGCAAGUCAAAGACGACAGAGUCCAUACUAUGAAUAUUCGGAAAAUAUUCCUGACCUGGGAACAAACUUUACCUCCUCUGAAGCAUUACGAACUGUGAUACGAAGAGAUGGAAGUCCAGUUCUUAGCAGUGAGCGGAAGAGGAUGUUGGAAUAUGUCCCAGACGAUAAUGAGGAGCUGUUUACACCAGCUAAGGCUCUUAAUUUCACAGAUGCUGAUGAAACUGGAACUGAUAUUGGUUACGAUGAUCAACCAGGGCUACAUGAUUCUGUGGAAAGAAAUGUAGAACCAAAUGGUUCGGAUUUGAUGAACUUUGGUUCUCUUGGGUCCGGCAAUCAGAGGAUCAUAGAAGGCCAUGACUCCUCCCCAUUGGACCAGCGGGUUGUUGUCACGCUGCCUCCGGACCAGGUCCCUGCAUCAUCAGUUCACUUGUCAUCGGUAACCGUGUCGCCCGGGACCUCCCACCUACGUAAACUGUCUGUGGAGUCUCAGGACAUUUCGCCCCAUUUAUACGACAGCCUUGAUGAGAAAGAGGAACAAAUUUAUCAUUAUGGAGGUCAAGGCCAGUAUCAAAAAGACUCUAAUUUUACGCAAAGAUCUUCACAAAGUGUGUUCAGUCCAUUGCAGUCUCCACAUCAUGCAACACUUUCGACUUUAAGAGAACCUCGUAAUAAUGUUUUUGAGGGAUCAAGUUUGCCGUCAAACAAUGUGUUAGCUCAUUCUUCCCCUCAAUCUGAACCCCCUUUAACCACAUACUCAGGUCGGAAUGAUGAUCACAUUCAGACCAUGUCUCAUAGUCUUCCAGAGAGGAUUAAUCAAACCAAUUUUGGAGAAUUUGGAGACAACUUGCAGCAAAAGUCAAAAGAUUCUGCAUUGCAAGUGCAAGGUUCUUUGUCGGAAUGGGUGACACCGAAUGUCUGUACGGCGGACACUAUGCCUGCUAAAGCACCUGUGAACCACAUAGCACUGAAUAUUCAGAGAGUCAAAUAUGCUAGUAAAGUUAACAAGACUGAGUCUGCCAAAACCCAGAAUAAUGGAGCCUGUCCCAGGCUUAAUAGAAUGGAUCAAAAGCCAGUUGGGGGCAAGAAUCAAACUCAGAAUUUAGUUCGUCGACCAAUCAAUAAUCAGCCCGCUAGGCAAACACGGCCUAUGGUGCAAGGUUCAGCUGACCUUGACCAAAGACAUUUGGUGGCCAAUCAGAGGCAAGGUCAACAAGGUCAAAUGAGUAAAGUGCUUGAUCAAAGUGUAAAGGUCACUUCUCAUCCUGAUCAGGGUCACAUGUCUGGUUCUGUUGUGAGUGGGGGUCGCUAUGGUGGGGUUGGUGGUGAGAUUCAAGCUAGCAUAGGUAAUCAGAGCGAUGCUUCAAGUAGUCCUGGCUCAAAGAUGAGGCAUGAUCAAGACAGGAGUGGGGUGUAUUCUGGGGUUGAGUCCCAGAGUUUUCCUGCUUCUUACAUGCGACAGAGCUAUCACAAUUCAAAUGUCAGUCCCCGAAUGUAUGAUCACGAGUCUGUGAACACACAAGUUGGUCAGAUGAGGUCACCAGUGUCUCAUGGAUACAACUUCUCUCCACAACAGGAGAGAAAGAGGGACGGAGAUGUGGCACGGGAUGUUCAAGGCAUGGAAGAUGUUCGCAGCCAUCUCCAGAGCAUGCUGAGGCUGUCCAAUGAUGUCAUCAAAGCCGAGUCGGGCAAGUUUGACCACAGUGACACAGCCAGUGAGUUGCUGAUGGACCAACCCCUCAACAGACAGCUCAAGUUUGACACAAGCUCUCUCAUGGGGCCAAGAGUACAAGAGGAGGUGUCAGAACUGUUUGAGAGCUUCCCCAACUUUUCUUCAAAGAUUUUCUCCGACUUGUCCAGCACCAGUGUGGGGCGUCAGGAGGGGUCGGUGCACAACGAGAACCUGUACCUGCGGGAGGUGAUGGAGAAGGAGAGAUACCGGAGGAAGCACUGUGAACAGCAUAUUCAACAGCUGAAUGCAAAGUUACUGGAGACCCAGCAGCAGUUGGCAGUUGCCGUGUCAACAGACAAGAAGAAAGACAUCAUGAUAGAACAGUUGGACAAGCAACUGGCCAAGGUGGUGGAGGGAUGGAAGAAAAGAGAAAGGGAGAAGGAUGACUACAUGAAGCUGCUGAUGAAAGAAAAAACACAAAUAGAACAAAGUCUGAAUAACCAGCAAGCGAUGAUCAAUAACUUUGAGAGGGAGAUGGCCGAAACUGUGUCCGAACUGAAGAGAGAAAAGCAACACUCAGCCAUUGCAGUAGAGAAUCUUAAACGAGAGCUGGAGACAAAGAGCAGAGAGAAGGUACGGGCAGAGGAGGUGCUGGAGGGAGAGAGGGAGAGAGCCAGUCUGGUGAUGCAGGAGUGGGAACAGCUGAAGGAGGCUCGGGAACUGGCCGAGAACCGGGCUCAGCAGCUCCAGGACAGGUUGCAUCAGGAGCAGGACGAGUGGUACAAGCGGGAACAAGAGCUGCUGGGGAAGAUUGAUGAUGUGAAGGAGGCCAACCUCAAGGUCAUACAGAUGGAGGGGCUGAAGACGGAGGAGACAGAGCGGAGGGUGUCGGAGUUGGAGGAGAGGAACCGUUUGCUGGAGACAGAAAACAAGAAACUCGACCUAGAGUUUGAUGAAGCCAGGAGAGAAAAGGAGAGUCUGAAGGUGGAGAUGGCUAUCCUUGAGGCAAAGUUCGAGAGUUCCCAGAGGAAGAUGGAGGCCGACCUGCACUCACAGAUGGAGAAGGAGAUAUCGGAGCAGGUGGGCGAGGUGCAUGAGAAGAUGGAGGAGGCGUUGGAGGAGCUGCAGGAGAAACACCGACGCCAGGUGACAGAGAUACAUGGCAGGCAUCAGAAGGACACGGAGCGACAGAUGCAGCAGAUGCACGACGAUGCCCGCAGGACGGAGGACAACUACAGGCAGAAGAUACAGGAGGUGGAGGAGAGACUGGAGGAGUACAGGACGGAGAACUCCAACCUGAAGCACUCCAAGCAGAAGCUGGAGUCGCAGAGGAUGGAGAUUCUGACCAAGUUCCAGUACAUGAUGCAGACCCAGUGGAAUGAGGCAGUGUCCCUCCUGGUCAACACCCCGCAGAGGAAGACUCAGGCAUUAAAUGGGUCGUUUGUGUCCAGUAUAUCCCAUGCAACCCAGAGUCAGACUGCACACCCCCCUGGUCAUCUCAACCUGAGCAUUGUUACGUCCAGCCAGCCAAAGACCAGCAGCCCCAACAGAGAAGGGGAAACACACCCACCAGUCAGGAUGGAGGAGGGUCGGGUGGGGCACCAGCGGGCAGCAGAGACAGACCGGGUGGAGGAAUACAUUAACAGUUUACCAACAAGUAACAGUGCUGUUCAGCCUGGCAGCCAGGACUUCCUUGUAUCAAGUGGUGGCGGGGUCCACAACCAGUCCUUCUCAUCAGGCACGUCCAGCAGCCAGGUCCCACGACAUCCCACUGAUGUGGACACUGCUGGAACUGUCCUCGACUCUAGACUCCAAGGAAUGACAUUUCCUGAACUCAAUCUAGAUGAGAGUCUCUUACCUCACUUUCACAGUCAGGGACUUCAGAUACCUCGGAACAUUCAUGGCUAUUUGCUCAGUCAUGGCUCUGUCAAUCCAGCCAAUCAAAGUGUUCAUUUACAAACACUGGCCAAUCAGAAUCAAGCAUUACUUAAUCUGGUCAGUCAGCCCGGUGCAGCAGUCAUGUUGCAGCCACCACAGCAACAAAGUCACGUGUAUUCACAAGGUCAAGGUUGGGGUCAAGUACCGCCAUCGCCAGCUAAACACAGGAGUCGACGGAAGACCCAGAAGUCCAAGGAGUAUGAAGACUCAGAUGAUGACUCCCUCACUCCCCGAGGGGUGUACACACAGCCCGGUAUGUCCCCCCCAGUGAAGCAGAGUCGCCAGUCCCAGGAGGAGGAGGGGUACAAUCCCAGACACGCCCACAGAGAGCCCAACACUGUAGACAACCUCAGUGACACACUGGAGCAGACUGUCAGGUUGAAUGCAGAUUACAGCCAGAUAUCUGACAGAUUGGCUGAGCAUGAGUCCCGCCAGAAUGAACUGCAGCACUACAUCAAGAUGUUGCUGGACAGACCCCCAGGGGAGGUACCAGAACCCCCGGAACAUGACAUCCCUCUUGGUUCUGAUAUCCUCGAGACAUCCAGGGAAAUGACAGUAGAGCUAGACCUUAACGACACAGCACAGGCCGCACAACUCCACAGAGAACUCCGCCGACUGCAGCAGCUUAGAGACCAAGUGACUCAGAGAGACAGUGUGCUGGGUUCAGUGCUGCCAGAGAGAGACGGUGCACACCGAUCCGCCGACAGACAGGGUGGAUCUCGAGUACUGGCCCCGGAGCAGCUGGCGGAGAUCUCACGGCUGCUGGACCAGUACCGAGAGCAGGGGGAUCAGCAUUCGGGGGAGGACUCCGUCAACAGACUGCUGCACCUCCUGCAGGGCCACACACAACACUUGCCGGGACACACAGGUGAGGAGAAGGGGUCUGCGAUAUCGGGGAAACAGUCACCGCGGUCCGGCCGCAGGAUGAAGGCAGCUGUCCCAGUGAACCAGAAGAAGCCUCCGUCAGUGCGGGCUAACCCAGCACCACAGGGCAAGGUGCUUGAUACAUCUCAGACCAAGUCUGACUCGGGACAGUCCACCAAGUCCCAGCCUCUGAAGAAAGUAGAGAGGAAGCUGGCAAGCAGCAAGCCAUCUCAAGUCAAGGGCAAGUCUUCAGCGUGGAAAUAGUCUUGAACACUGACAAGAUUUUCACUGUUGCAAUGAUAGGCAACUUAUCGAGUCUGUGAUACCUGAGUCUGUGUUAGCAUAAUGUAUACAUGUGUGUUUCUGCAGUGGUAACACCUGCAGUAGUCAAAAUUAUUUAUUGCCCAAAGAUGAGUUUUUCCCUGUAGACAAUCAGAUGAACGUGCAGCAAGAUGUUGCACAGAACAGAAUGAGUUUUGCAUGGAAAUGUUCCUGUGUGUGGUAUUAAUGUAUCAUUAUGAAGGUUGGUGACAAGCAGAAGUCCUGACCAGUUCCUUGUGUCAAAUGUGAUUUAGUAACUGAUAAAUAUCUAAAUGAAUGAUAUCAUGUUCACAUUGGAUGGGUUCGAAUCCCGGGUCACCCCGAUUAUGUUUCUAGGUUUGUCAGCACCAUACCCGUGCUUGUGGGUUUCACCGAAGUGGUAAACGUCUGAGACUUGCAUCACUUCGGGCUUUCCUCCCACAUUAAGCUGACACGCCGCGAUAUAACUGGAAUACUGUUAAGAGCGGCGUUAAACCCAAUUCACUCACUCACUCACAUUGGAUGUUAAAUGGAAAGGCUAUGGUCUCGUAACUGCUGAACAAACAAAUGGCAUUUGAACUCACAGAUCUGCAUAAUCCUGUUGAUGACAACAGCGGAAGACAAUGUCUGUGGGACAACAAUAUAUCUGUGAUUAAUAUGUAAACAGUCAAUGACAACUAAUCAAAACAGAGGUCUUCAGCAACCCAUGCUUGCCAUAAAAGGUGACUGCUUGUCGUAAAAGGCGACUAACGGGAUCGGGUGGUCAGGCUCGCUGACUUGGUUGAUGCAUGUCAUCGAUCCCAAUUG